CCGCCAUCUUGGCGGAGCACAUCCUGCGGACACGCUGCGUUUAUUCCCCGGCCGAAGGGGCUUCGGCUGUCCGGCUGCAAUCGGAGACAAUCGGCUGUAAGCGGAGACGGCUGCGGGGCAGCUGUCAACCUCUGUUACCACCCAGACGCUAAAUACAGCUGUUAGCGGGAGGCGAGUGUUUUUACGGUAAUCUACCUGAAUGACGGCUGCACGGCUGCUGUGAAAACUUAAUGGGAAAAAAAGAAGAAAGAAAAAACAAUAGCAAGAUAGUAUUUGGAGCUUAAUGAAGAAUGGAGCUGUUGUCAUUUUUGAAUUUGGACGAACUUGCCCUGGUCAUGUCGCAGAUGUCCAUGUAUCCGCUGUUUGAAUCGGCACAUUAUAUCGUGUCAGUCAUGUCUCUAAAGGAACAGCCAGGGGCAGUGGAGGUGGCAUGUCGCAGCCCCGUUGCAUGUUGGUUCAGCUCCAUGCUCUACUGCUUCGGAGGGGCCAUUCUCUCUGCAGUGCUGCUCGCAGAACCACCUGUAGAACCAUUUUCCGACAACAGCCAUGUGUUGGUGGCCUCCCUGAUCUGGUACUUGAUGUUCUACUGCCCCCAGGAUCUAGUCUACAGCUGUGCUUCCCUCCUACCUGUGCGAUUAGUUUUGUCCGGGAUGAAGGAGGUCACUCGUACAUGGAAGGUUCUGGGAGGGGUUGUACAAGCCCAGAAAAAGUAUCAGAAUAGCUUGCUAGUAAUGAUUGCUGUUGGCUGGGCCAAAGGGUCAGGCCAUGGGCUGAUCAGUAACUUUGAGCAGUUGGUUCGUGGAGUAUGGAGGCCCGAGACCAAUGAGCUUCUCAAAAUGUCAUAUGCCACUAAGGUCACCUUGAUAGGAGCAGUCGUCUUCACACUGCAGCAGAGUCACAUCCUCCCAGUGCAAAAGCAUCAGCUGAUGUUUCUCUAUACUCUCUUCCUAGUCAUCAACAAGGUGAGGAUGAUGCUGACUGCCCCGGCUUCCCCGUUCGCCCCCGUGGAGACGGCCAUUUAUCGUGUGCUCUUCGGGACGGAGUCGACACAUCCCCCCUCUGCAAAUGAGGCCGGUGUGUCUGUCACGUCGCCCUCGGAGACCUGUGCUGCAGCCGCGGAAGCCAUCAAACCUGCCACUCUGAGGCACAAUGACUCUGUGUGCUGCGACGCGGAACAAAACGCAGCCCCUUCUGCGGAAGCGGCCGUAGCGCAUUCACUGCAGCCGGCGGCCGGGGAUGUUCAGCAGACAGCUGCAGGGUGGAUAAAGACUGAUUAAUGAACACCCUCCGCAACUUUUUCCACGUUCUCCUUAAUGCAAGCUGAAUGUAGCAUGAUUCAUUAUAUGAGAGGUAUAUUUUCAUAUUUAUUGAGGUUGAUGGUCAUUUUCUAAACACUGGUUUUCAGGUGCAGAACUGGGAAUGUCUUGUGUGGCAGGUUUUUAUCUGUUAAUCUAGUUAUUUAAUGACAGAAUUUUACAUUUUAAAAUACUACAUUUGUCUUUGCAUUUGUUAUAUGUAAUAGAAAAAGACGUUUCAUUUUUAUUUUCGCUCCUGGUUGAUUGUACUCAUACUAGCUCAUUUUUAAUGGGUACUUAGAAUCAUUAUGUUACACUUUCAUUUUGCUUCACUAGAGAUGGGUGAAAUGUUUUAUUAAUUUAUCGUGACCAAUGAAUGUGGAAGCAUUUUGUGCUCUCUGUAUUAAAUAUUUCCAAAAAAGUA